AUGUUUUCUCCAAUGACCGUUUCUAAUGAUAUUGUACCUGCUGGUAUUUAUACCCCAGUAACCACCUUUUUCCAAAAAGAUGACCAAUUUUUGGAUUUGGAGUCUCAAGUUAAACAUGCAAAAUUUCUCUACGAACUGAAAAUUCAAGGUUUACUUGUUUGUGGUUCUAUGGGUGAAGCAGCUCAUUUGACAAGAAAAGAAAGACACGAUGUUGUUGCUGCGGUUCGCAAUGCCAUUUCUGACUCGGAAUUCAAGAUUAUUGCUGGUGCUCCUUCCAUGGCUAAUGUAUCUGAAAUUGUUGAAGAAUCGCAAUCGGCAAAAGACGCUGGAGCCGAUUUUUUCAUUGUAUUGGUACCAGGAUUUUUCGGUCCAAAUCUCACGUCACAAGCUGGAAUUGUCGACUACUUUACUCGUGUAGCAGACAAAUCUGCUUUACCUGUGUUAAUUUACAAUUAUCCUGGCACCAGUAAUAUGGUUUCUAUCACCGCUGAAUCUUAUAAAAAGCUUGCGGCUCAUCCUAAAAUUGUCGGUGCAAAAUUUACUCAUUGCAACAUUGACGAAUAUACUCUUGUUGCUCAAGAUCCAAAGAUUAGAACCCAAAACUUUCGGUUAUUUACCGGCUUGGGUCAGGUAUUAUUGCCUGCUUUAACCGUAGGGUUCUAUGGUGCCAUUGAUGGACUUUCAGCAGUAUUUCCCAAAUCUUUGGUUCACUUGCAAACCCUUUACAACCGUGGAGAGUUGCAGGAGGCUGCAAAACUUCAACUUUUGGUCAAUCGAGCUGAAAAAUUGGUGGGUGAACUCAAUAUUAAUGGAGUCAAGUAUGCGUUGAAAGAGUUGUAUGGGUUUGGAACUGGUCUUACUGCCAGACCACCAUUGAACCAUUACUUUACUGUUGAGGCUUAUAAUAAGUUCCAGGGUGAUUUGAAGGCGUUGAAGGAGGUUGAAGACUCGUUAGCAUAA